AUGAAUACUAUGCACGAACCCUCCUUGUCCGCCAACAAGCCACAAGCCCUAUGGAAGCGCGUCUUCGCCCUCAUCGGCCUGCCCUGCCUUAUCUCCGUAGCCGCUAUAGACCCCGGCAACCUCGAAGUUGAUUUGCAGGCCGGUCAUCUACUCGGCUACCGCCUGAUCUGGGCCCUUUUGCUCUCCUCCAUUAUUGGCUUUGUCUUGCAGGCUCUUGCUGCUCGCCUCACUCUCCGCACUGGCAACCAUCUUGCAGAGCUUUGUGCAAAAGCUUAUGCUCAUGACCGAGUCCUCUCCCUCACCAUUUUUGCCUUUGCUGAACUCUCUAUUGUCGCUUUCGACCUCGCCGAGGUCGUCGGUACUGCCAUCGCCCUCCAGCUCCUCUUCGGCUGGCCGCUAUGGCUAGGCAUGAUCCUCUCUGCACUGGACACCAUGCUUGUGCUCUACCUCCAGCGCCGCGGUCUCACCACGGUUGAAAUCCUCAUCGAAGGCAUGCUCUUCAUCCUUGCUGCCUGCCUUAUCUACGAGUUUGCACUCUCGCGUCCAUCCGCGGCCGGCAUGUUCUAUGGAACGUUCGUCCCGACGCUCGGCGACCGCCCGCAAGAAGCAGCCAUUCUUGCUAUCGGCAUCCUCGGCUCAGUCAUUAUGGCCCACAACCUCUUCCUUCACAGCUGGCUCAUCAAGCACCGCAGCCUCAAUGACGGCCCUCUUCUAAUCCCGCCAACCCUGGCGAGCAUCAACGACGAGUGCCGCUACGCCACUAUUGAAACGGCUGCCAUCUUUUUCGCAACCUUCCUGAUCAACACUAUUGCUCUUUCUGUCACGGCUGCCCUUCCAGAUAAGGUACUCGCCAGCAUCGAUGAAAUUGGUCUCCGGGAUGCGGGCGCCCUGUUCAGAAACUUUUUGCCUGGUGAGUUCGCAUCUACCGCAUGGGGUGUCGCCUUGCUUGCUAGUGGGCAUGCCGCAACGGUAACCGGGACGCUAGCGAGUCAGGUAGUGUGUGAAGGGUUUCUUGACAUCCGAGAGGGCUCGAGCCCCGCAGGCAUCGUGUUGGCUACGCGUGCUGUAGCUAUUAUCCCCGCUUUGGCUGGGGCGCUCAUCGCAGGGCAAGAGGGGGCUGAUCGGUUGGUGGUGCUAUCUCAAGUGGUGCUCUCUUUAGCGUUGCCGUUUGUCGUCAUCCCGCUGUUUAAAGUGCUUGCAGUGACAGAGGGAGAGAAGGGAGGAGGGCAAUGGCUUGUUCGAGCGGGGUACGUUUCUUUUGCAGUAUUGAUCGUGUCGAAUGGUUUUGCUGUCGCUGGGAUUGGGGCGCAGGUCAGAGAAGAGGCUGGCGGAAAUAGUUUUCCGUUGAUAGUGCUGGGGUCGGUGGUGGUUGUGGCUGUUGGGCUUAUUGUGAAUCUACUUCAAACGCCGCCUCAGUUGGAAGAGAUCGACUUGGGGGUGAAUCGGGGUUCAGAGUCUGCGGAGAGGAGCGCGUUAGCAUCAGAGGCGACGUCGACGUAUUCUUAAGCAGGGCAGAAGAUAUGACCUCUACAUGACCUCUUCCACUCACAGGAGCGGUAUCCGUGACGUGGAGGUAUGGCAAGGUGACCAUGAGAAGUUGACAUGGUGCUGCAAUGUUGUACAGUAACGGUACUGUACAGCUCGGACACUACAGUAGUACACUCUUGUUACAGUAGUUCAAUAUUUACAGUAGUAUCAAAAUGAAUUAUUUUAUGUGACAUCGGAA